GAACGUGCCGAGAAGUGUCGAAUCGCAGUGCAGUUUUGGUUAUCGUUAUCUUCACCCGCUUGCCGAAAUAUCAAUCGUCAAAUCGUUAGUUCCGAUAGAAAAAUCACGCAAUGGACUCGUGUAUGGCAACAAGUAGCGCUGCCGCGCUAUCUUCGAUGCCAACCUCUAUUUUCUCUCAAUUGUUGCACGUGCUCCUAGUAUCCCAAUGUACUUUGAGUACAAACGAAGAUUAUCCGGUGGAUCGUACAGAGGAGAUUUUAGCCUCGCAAAAAGAAUUCGAUUUCGUGAUCGUCGGAGCUGGAACAGCGGGAACCAUUCUAGCUCACAGAUUAACGGAAGUGCCCGACUGGAACGUUCUACUGAUAGAGGCUGGGGAGGAUCCGAUUCCAGAAAGCGACGUUCCUGGUCUCAUGUUGCUUCUCUUUGGUGAUUUUCAGGAUUACGCUUACAAGGCUGAAGCCCAAGUGGGCGUCUGCCAAGGUAUCAACAACAAACGAUGCAGAUGGUCGAAAGGCAAGGCUCUUGGAGGCAGUUCAGUGAUCAAUGCCAUGCUACACGUAUUCGGUAACGACAGAGACUACAACGACUGGGCUAACUUAGGCAACGAAGGCUGGAGCUACGAAGAACUGCUCCCCUACUUCAGAAAACCCCUAAACUGUCCACCUGAUCACUCAGCUAAAUGGGGCAGCAAACACUGCGGAACCGGAGGACCGAUGAACGUCAGAAGCUACAAUUACUCCAUGACGAACAUUCAAGACAUCAUCCUCGACGCUGUACGAGAAUUAGGCCUGAACGUCCUGGAGCCUCUCAUAGGCGAUCGUUUCGUCGGUUACGGAAGAGCACUGGGCACCAUCGACAAUGCGCGACGCGUGAACGCCGCGAAGGCGUUCCUGUCGCCCAUCAAAGAGCGCAAGAACCUGCACGUGAUGAAGUCGAGCAGAGUCGACAGAAUCCUGACGGAGAACGCUCGGGCAACCGGCGUUCGUGUCACCUUGAAAGACGGCCGAUCGAUCGACAUCAAAGCGACCAAGGAGGUGAUCCUCUCCGCAGGAAGCAUCGCUAGCCCUCAGUUACUCAUGCUUUCCGGUAUAGGACCCAGGCAACACCUAGAAGAAAUGGGAAUACCGGUGCUGGCUGAUCUACCGGUCGGCAAGAAUCUCCAGGAUCACGUUAUCUGGGUAGGGAUGCACAUAGGCUACGUGAACGAGUCGGUGACACCUCCUCUGUCGACGUACGCGUUGGACAUAACCUACGAGUACCUGGUGCACAAUUCCGGAGAACUGGCCACGGUUGGAAUCGAUCUCCUCGGUUUCGUCAACGUCAACGAUCCUAGCUCCAAGUAUCCGGACGUUCAGCUGGAUUUCGGCCACUUCCCGCGCUGGAACUUGCUCAAAGUAGGAACUCUGUUGAAAGCUUUCGACGCCUCCGACGAACUGAUACAAGCGGUAUACAAGGAGAUCAUGGAGGUGGAUUUGAUCAUUCCUUGUACAGUUCUGCUGAAUCCUAAGAGUCGAGGAAAGGUAGAGCUGCGUAGCAGCGACCCGGCUGAUCCUGUGAAGAUUUACGGGAAUUAUUUCACCGAGAAGGAGGAUCUGAGGACGUUGUUGAAGUCUGUGGAUCAGAUUAAGUCUCUGUUGAACACCGAAACGAUGAAGAAGUACGGUAUGCGGUUGCAGCACUUUGAUAUCCCUGGAUGUAGACAUACGAAGCCUGAUUCUGACGAAUAUUGGGAGUGCAAUGUUAGACACAUAGCUAGUUCGCUGUUUCACGCUGUUGGUACGGCUAGAAUGGGACCAAACGGCGAUCCCAUGGCUGUCGUGGAUCCGAGAUUAAGGGUGCACGGUGUUGAGAGGUUAAGAGUGAUCGACGCGUCGAUCAUGCCGAAGAUUGUCAGUGGGAACACUAAUUCUCCGACCAUGAUGAUCGCGGAGAAGGGAGCGGAUAUGGUCAAGGAAGAUUGGAAGAUUAAGGUUCGUGAGGAACUCUAG